CUUAUCCUGACCUCUUCUUUCAUUAUUAUUAUUAUAUUAUUUUUUUUACUUAUUGUAGACAAGAUAUUCACCCAAAAAGUGCUCCAUCGUCACUUUUUAUUCAUUGUAUACAGUUAAUCAUUGCAUGGCUCAAUCAAUCACAGAUCUUACGCACGUCUCGAGCGAAGAUGAAAUCACCGAAACGUUACGACAACGGUAUCUUCGUGAUCAGCAUUACACAAGUAUCAACUGCUCCGUUCUAGUUGCACUGAAUCCGUUCCAAUCCAAUGCCAAUUGGGAUAAUAUACGGGAGGAUUACGUUAUCGAGUACAAAGACACUCAAAGUGCGAAAUUAAAUCAAUGGCGAGAAUCUCAUUUAUUUCAAUUGGUCAAUCAUGCGUACCUUCACAUGCGUCGCACAAGCAUCAACCAGGCCAUCUUAUUCAGUGGUGAGAGCGGCAGCGGAAAGACCGAACAACUCAAACAGACACUUCAUCACCUUGUAUCUCUAAGUACACACAAAAAACAAACACGAGUGCAACAACAAAUCCUCCAUGGCCAUACCAUUCUACAGUGUUUUGGCAAUGCAAAAACUACAACGCAUGAUAAUGCUUCACGAUUCACUUUGCAUUGUGAUAUCCAUUUUACCGAACGGGGACGAAUUGCAGGGGCCAAAUGGAUGCCGUAUAUGCUGGAAAAGAAUCGGGUGACCGGUGCAGGACAAGAUGAACGUAGUUUUCAUGUAUUCUAUUGCAUGCUGGCUGCUCCCCCAGAAGAACGCGCGCGACUCGGUCUGUCGGACUGGUCCGCUUUUCAAUACUUGGCACAUACCAAUACCGGCCGAGCAUCGACCAUGGAUGAUGCGCAAAACUACCAUGAUUUACGCUCCGCCCUUCGUACCCUCCUGUUUCCCAAGCACAUGAUCGCGCAGAUCUUUCAGGUCCUCGCCGCCAUUCUUCAUCUCGGAAAUCUGGUAUUCAUCGAAGACCCCAACAAUUCGCAAGAUGCCGCCAUUGUCAAGAACGUCGACGACCUGGCUAUGGCCGCCGACCUUUUAGGUGUGGAUCCCCAUGCUCUCAUGAGCACACUGUCGUACAAAAGCAAGUUGAUCAAGCGAGAUAUCACCACUUUGUUUCUUGAUCCGCAACAGGCUGCGCAGCAACGUGAUGAUAUGGCGCAAACUCUCUAUGCAUUGUUGUUUACAUGGAUCGUCGAACACAUGAACGAACGACUGACCAAAGAGGCUCACAGCACCAUUGCCCUCGUAGACGUUCCAGGAUUUUCACGCCAGUUGGGUGGAUUCGAUCAAUUAGCCUUCCACUACAUGAAUGAAGUCACACAUCAAUUCAUGCUCUCCAGUAUUUUUGAACGGGAUCUGCAUGAAUAUGCAGAGCAAGGGAUAGCCGUGCCUACCGGUCCAUGGCCUAACAAUGCGGCUUGCAUCGACCUCUUUGUGCAUCCUGCCAAAGGCAUGUUUGGGAUUCUCAAUGCUCAAGUUACUCGUCAAGGUCCCCGUCCCACCGAUGCUUCGUUGAUCCAGCAGUAUGAAAGUGCCAAUCGCAGCAACGACGGUCAAUUACUGUCGUUCCGAUCGGGAGCCGAUGCCACCACUGCCCGGGCGUUUGCUAUUCAGCAUUUCUGGGGUUCCGUAACCUACGAUCCCAACGGAUUCAUGGAUCGCAACGAGGAUUACAUAUCCAGCGACUUUGUCUCGUUGUUUACCGGCAAUGCUUACAGUGCACCCACCACCAACGGUCUGGUGGCGCAAAUGUUUAGCGAACAGCUGAUUGGCGCCGAUGGACAACGUCACAAUCGCGUGUCGUCUCCUCAGCAAGGUAUCCGUCCCUUGCGGUCGACGUUGCCAACCAAAUCAGGUCAAAAUGGUGGCGUACCCACCGUUGGUGAGCAACUAUUGGUGGGCGUGACCGAAUUAACAUCCAUGCUCGCUAAUACCAUCCCCUGGUUUGUUCUGUGUGUUCGUCCCAACGAUAUGUCCUUGCCCAAUUCGUGCGACGCCAAGAAAAUUGCUCACCAAGUCCGUCAGUUCAAACUAUGGCCGCUCUCUCGACGUCUUGCUCUUCAUUACACCACCAUUUUUACCAUGGAAGAAUUCUUUGACCGAUACACCGCCACAUUGAAUCUUACGCUCGGUAAACCAUUGCCUAAUCUUCCACUCCAGGAACGCUGUGAAUGGGUGGCUGGCGCUUUUAAUUGGGACGCCACUUAUAUGGCCAUUGGCCGUGACAAGGUAUAUCUGUCGACGUUGGCCUUCCGCAUCCUGGAAGAUGAACUUCGUAGUCUAGAAAAAUCGGAAUCCAAGCGAUCCAAAAUGUCGCCCACAGGACACUUGCCGCGAAAACAUCGUAGCGGAGCGUUUGAUAUGUAUUCGUUUCAUGACGAUCAAAUGUCUUCGGCAUUGUCCGAUGAUGAAUAUCUGGACAGCCAAGAAUACGGUUCGGAUCUUUUAUCUCAGAGCCAGGGCCAAAGUACGCACGAUGAGAAAAAGAUGGAACUCGGUGAUCCGGCUCUUUUACCAAGCGAGGUAAUCGAGGAAGAAAAAGAACAGCUGUCAAGCGUGCGACGCAAAUGGGUGGCCCUCGUGUGGCUGUUGACCUGGUGGAUGCCGUCGCCUUGUUUGAAUUACUGCGGAGGCAUGAAACGAAAAGACAUCCGUCUUGCGUGGCGUGAAAAAGUGGCCCUGUGUUUUCUCAUCUUUCUGCUAUCGGCGGCCAUGGUGGUGUUCAUUGUGUUUUUUGGUCCUCUCAUCUGUCCUCAUCAGGAUGUGUUUUCGUUUUCCGAGUUGCAGAGUAAAUCUACCAAAGAAAGCGCGUACGUGGCCAUUCGUGGCGAAGUGUUUGACCUCACCAAAUUUGCCCCUCACCAUUGGGCCUCCGAAGUGAUCCCGGAUUCCGCCAUUUUUGAUUACGCUGGCAAGGACGCCACCAAUCUGUUCCCGGUCCAGGUCUCCGCGCUGUGUGAUGGCACCACGGGCCGUGUCCCGGACGAACUGGUGCUUGAUUUUCAAGUCAAUUUGACCGAUCGCAAUGCUGCGUACCACGAUUUCCGCUACUUUACCAAUGAUUAUCGACCGGAUUGGUAUUUCGAACAGAUGGUGUACAUGCGCAAGAACUACCGUUUAGGGUUCAUGGGAUACGAACCAUCCGAUAUUCUCCGGCAAGCCACCAAUACGGUGCCUCUCGGCGAAAUCAACACGCAUCGACAGUGGGCCAUUCUGCACGGUGACAUCUAUGAUUUGACGUAUUAUCUCAUGGGAGGCCGAGCCCCGCGUGUCCCCGAAGGCCAAGUGGCACCGACCAACCUGGAUCUAAAUUUCAUGGAUAACAGCAUCGUUGAACUUUUCCGUCAGUUAGCCGGCACCGAUAUCUCCAAGCAUUUCGAUGCUUUGCCGAUCGAUCAAGGAUUGCGCAUGCGUCAGCUCGUGUGUCUACGCAACCUGUUCUUUGUGGGUAAAGUUGACACGCGUCGAUCGCUCCAGUGCCAGUUCUCCGAGUACUUCUUAUUGAUUAUCACGGGCUUCCUGUGCGCGGUCAUCCUGUUCAAGUUCUUGGCCGCCUUGCAGCUCGGAUCGUACCGUGAGCCCGAAGACUAUGACAAAUUCAUCGUCUGCCAAGUACCGUGUUAUACCGAAAGUGAAGAAUCGCUGCGCAAGACCAUCGAUUCCAUUGCGGUGCUACGAUACGACGACAAGCGCAAAUUGCUGUUCCUUGUAUGCGAUGGCAUGAUUGUCGGCAGUGGCAACGACCGACCUACGCCACGCAUUGUGCUGGAUAUCCUGGGCGUCGAUGCCAAUGUGGACCCUGAACCGUUAUCUUUCCUGUCGCUCGGGGAAGGUCGACGACAGCAUAACAUGGGCAAAAUCUAUUCGGGUCUUUAUGAAUGUUCCGGGCACGUGGUACCGUACGUCGUGGUGGUCAAAGUCGGGGCCAAUGAACGUCAAAAACCAGGCAAUCGAGGCAAACGCGACUCGCAAAUGGUCUUGAUGCAGUUCCUGAACAAGGUACACUUUGAAUCGCCCAUGACCCCCAUGGAACUGGAAAUCUAUCAUCAGAUCAAGAACGUUAUUGGCGUGAAUCCGAGCUUUUACGAAUUUGUGCUGAUGAUUGACGCCGAUACCGAGGUCUUGCCAGACUCACUGAACCGCAUGGUAUCGUGCUUUGUCCACGAUUCCAAGAUCGUCGGCCUGUGCGGCGAAACGAAACUGGCCAAUGAAAAGGAUAGUUGGGUGACCAUGAUCCAGGUUUAUGAAUACUACAUUUCCCACUUUUUGGCCAAAGCAUUCGAAAGCUUGUUUGGCUCCGUCACUUGUCUGCCGGGAUGCUUCUGCAUGUACCGUGUGCGCUCGCCUCAGAAGCAUCAGCCGUUACUUGUGAGCAAUCAGGUGAUCAAUGACUAUGCGGAAAACAGGGUUCACACGUUGCAUCAAAAGAACUUGCUGCACUUGGGUGAAGAUCGGUAUCUGACCACCCUGAUUCUCAAACAUUUCCCGACGUACAAGACCAAGUUCACCGCCGACGCAUGUUGUCUUACGAAUGCCCCGGAAACGUGGAGUGUGUUGCUAUCGCAACGAAGACGAUGGAUCAAUUCGACCAUUCAUAACUUGGGAGAGCUGGUCUUUCUUCCUCAACUGUGCGGUUUUUGCUGCUUCUCCAUGCGAUUUGUCGUCAUUCUCGAUUUGCUCAGCACGUUAGCCAUGCCUGCCGUCGUGUGUUAUCUAGGUUAUCUUAUCUAUCGAUUGGUCUCCGAUGCCGGUCAGGUGCCGAUGAUUUCUAUCAUCACCUUGUGCGGUGUGUAUGGCUUGCAAGCCAUUAUCUUUAUCAUUCGAAGAAAGUGGGAACAUAUUGGAUGGAUGAUUGUCUACAUUUUGGCGAUACCGCUGUUUUCCUUCUUUAUUCCGAUUUAUUCAUUCUGGCAUUUUGACGAUUUCUCAUGGGGUAAUACACGUUUGGUGGUAGGCGAAGAUGGUCAAAAGAAGGCCUUGCCUGUGGACGAGGGCCAUUUCGAUCCCAAAACGAUCCCACUCAAGAAAUGGAAUGAUCACGAAAGCGAGUUGUGGGAAACCGGGUCCAUUGAAACCAAAGGGACCUCGGUGACCGCGACCAGUCGACGCACCUACCAACCUUAUGCAGCAUCGGUCGGUCUGUAUAACGAUUCAGCCGCCAGUUUCCGCAUGUCGCAACAACAUUUGCAUCAACAUUUGAUGCGACCUGGUUCGGUCAUGAUGCCCUCGGGCGCUUCCGUGUACAGUGAAAGCGCCUAUGCCGAAAUGAUGCCCCCUCCACCGCCUCCUCCUCCCGGUGCAGCGGCGGUCAUGAUGGGUGGACCUCGCGAUGAAGAUAUUCGACGGGAAGUGCAACGUAUUACGGCCACGGCAGAUUUGAUGACCAUGACCAAGAAACAGGUCAGAGAACAGCUCAGUCGCCAUUUCGGUAUGGAUAUGUCUUAUCGAAAAGAUUUCAUCAACUAUUGUAUCGAAGAAGCACUCCAUCUCUAGAUUACAAAUCCAUGUUUUUAUUCGCAUUCAACUUCUUUUUUUUUUCAUCCGUGUUACAAAGUAUCCCUUUCCUUUGGUUUUUUUUUCUCUGUUGUUGUUCUCCCUAUCAUUUCGUGUUAUUUACCUGUUUCUUCCUUUUUCUUUUUUUUUUCUUUCCCAUAAUGUCAACAAUUAAAUACAUCUCAAAAUGAAGAAAAAUAUUUCAUCGAUUAUCAGCUACAAGGUAGCUCUGUAUAAAAAGGGGGGCAUACCCCUUAGAGUACAAGCAAGCAAGCAAGCGUUUUGCUGAAAAAUUAAGAAUAUUGUUU